GCAUAGCUCGCCCAAAUCAACAUCAGGUUUGGUUUCGCUCCCUUUACCGUGUGGAAGAGGAUUGUGCAGUUUGACAGGAGAGGAACUACUGCACUCAAUUUACGUCCCUAUCCUGCUCUCUGUCCAGCUGCAUCAUGGGAAAGAAGAGUCGAGUGAAGACUCAGAAGUCGGGGACAGGCGCCAUGGCUGUGGUCUCCCCCAGAGAGAUGAUAAACCUCAUAUCGGAGCUCCUACAGAAAUGCAGCAGUGCUGCACCUUCUCCAGGGAAAGAGUGGGAGGAGUACGUCCAGAUACGAGGCUUGGUAGAGAAGAUCAGGAAGAAACAGAAAGGUAUCUCAGUGAUAUUCGAGGGCAGCAGAGAGGAGUUCUUCCCGAAGCUGAUGGCGUGGGCUCAGGAGAGUGGAGCGUCCUGCGAGGGUUUUGAGAUCGCCAACUUUGCUGGCGAGGGCUUCGGCCUCAGGGCAACCAAGGACAUCAAGGCAGAGGAGCUGUUUCUGUGGAUCCCCAGGAAGAUGCUGAUGACUGUGGAAUCGGCCAAGAACUCUGUCCUGGGUCCCCUGUACAGCCAGGACCGUAUUCUCCAGGCCAUGGGUAAUGUGACCCUGGCCCUCCACCUGCUGUGUGAGCGGGCUGACCCCUCCUCCCCCUGGCUGCCCUACAUCAAGACCCUCCCCGGAGACUACGACACCCCUCUCUAUUACGAGGAGGAAGAAGUACGCCACCUGCUGUCCACUCAGGCCAUCCAGGACGUCCUCAGCCAGUACAAGAACACCGCUCGGCAGUACGCAUACUUCUACAAAGUCAUCCAGACUCAUCCGACCACCAGUAAACUGCCCUUGAAGGACGCCUUUACGUACGACGACUACAGAUGGGCGGUUUCCUCGGUGAUGACCCGUCAGAACCAGAUCCCUACAGAGGACGGUAGCCGCGUCACCCUCGCCCUAAUCCCUCUCUGGGACAUGUGUAACCAUACCAACGGUCUGAUCACCACUGGUUACAACCUGGAGGAUGACCGGUGUGAGUGUGUGGCUCUGCAGGACUACAAAGAGAAUGACCAGAUUUACAUAUUCUAUGGGACGCGGUCCAACGCGGAGUUUGUGAUCCACAACGGCUUCUUCUUCCAGGAGAACGCCCAUGACAGGGUCAAGAUCAAACUGGGCGUGUCCAAGAGUGAACGGCUGUACGCCAUGAAGGCGGAGGUGCUGGCCCGCGCUGGCAUCCCCUCGUCUAGUAUCUUUGCCCUGCACUGCAGCGAUCCUCCAAUCUCUGCCCAGCUAUUGGCCUUCCUCCGAGUCUUCUGUAUGACCGAGGAAGAGCUGAAGGACUACCUGGUAGGAGAACAUGCCAUCAAUAAGAUCUUCACCCUGGGUAACACCGAGUUCCCUGUGAGCUGGGACAAUGAGAUCAAACUGUGGACUUUCCUAGAGACCAGGGCUGCACUGCUGCUCCAGACCUACAAGACCAGCUCCCAGGAUGACCAGUGUGCGUUGGAGAAGCCCGGCCUCUCCCUCCACUCCCGCGUGGCCAUCCAGCUGCGCCUGGCUGAGAAGCAGAUCCUGGAGAGGGUGGUGGCCAGCGGCAAGGCCAAGCGCCUGCACUUCCAGCAGCAGCAGGAGGAAGGCGCUUCGCUGCCACGCUAUGAGGAGAGCGACAUCGCUCUGCUGGAGAAUGCCGAAGCCGACGACAAACUGCCCAUCAUCCUGAGGAAACUAGAGGAGGAGGAUGAGGAGGGAGACGACCAGGCAGCGGUGGAGCAGGUGUUGGCUCAGGUACAGCAGCUGGGACACGGGGGCGCAGCCAGGGAUCUAGCCCCCCUCAUAGUCAACGGGGAUGGUGGGAAGGUGGUGGUCAACGGGAAUGGUACGGACGCUAGCCCAGUCCUGGAGGUUGGAGACGCUAGCCCGAUUCAGGAGGCUAGCAAAGAAGCUAGCUCAAUCUCCUCAGACGCAGGCCGAAGUGUUAGCCAAGCCCAGGACACUAGCCCUGCUCAGGAAGGGGAUCAUGUGGAUGCUAACUCCACCAUGCCUGACACUGCUGUCCCUGCAACCACCCAGCAACAGGAAGGCCAAACCAAGAACGGAGACAAGGCUACUGCUUCUCUCUCACUGGGAGUGGACUUGGACCUGAGUGCGGAACGAACUGGAGAUGAGCCCAAAGUCAACAGUGAAUAGAUGGAAUCAUCAUCUAGCUAUCCGUUAUUGCAGAAGAAGAGCAGCAGUCAGCCAGUCAGUCAGCCCUUUUCUAUUUAUUUAUUUUUGUCUCUCUAAAGUGACUCAGAAAUAAAGGAGCUAAGAAUAAUAAAAAAUAAAAAAACAGAAUUUGAAUUUUUAAAUGGUAGAACUUUUCACUAUCUGUCCAUUUCGUUAGUUCGUCCCUCCUUCCAUUGGCUUUGUUAUUGGUGCCUUCCUACGUACCAACCGCUGCAGACUGCUUGCACACUGCCAGUCAGUGUGUCUCUCCCAUCGGCCUUCUAUCUGAGCAUUAGAAGUUUGUCAUUUACAUGAAAAACUGGCUUUUUGUUUUUGAGGUUUGAACAGUGCUUUACUGGUUUACAUUGAGUUUAUUGACAUGAGAGAACGGUAGGGAGUAACAAUCGCAGGGGACGGCGCCGGUUUCAGUUCCACUACUGUAGGUGGGACAGAAAGAAAGAAAUUAGAUUUAAAUUGUAUUUAAUUUUGUCUCUAGCAAGCCAAAAUCUCAUCCUAACCCUUUACCUCUCAGUCAGUUUAUUACUGUAGUUUAUCUUAAAGCUGCAAUAUGUUGCUUUUUGGGAGACCUGACCAAAUUCACAUUGAAAAUGACAGAUCUAAAAUCCCAUUUCUUUGAAAGUACGUUUAAGAAGUGUUAGAUCAGUUCUAUGUACUCUAUUUCUAUGCUUCCUUUUCUUAAGUUUUGUUUUUGAGUCUUUUACUUUCGCUUUAGUACACCAGCUUCAAACAGCUGAAAUACAAUUUUUGGGGUUAUUGAAAAUAUAUUUCAGUGGUUUGUUGUCACAAACUGAAAUUAGGCAAACUGUUAGAAUUUUUGAAACUAGGAAAUGGCAGAGCGAUUUCUGCAUAUUGCACCUUUUUAAUAUAUACCAAGUAUAAUUUCACUCAGUCUUUUUCUCUGGCGUAUUUGGCUCUUUGUUCUCUGUUUGAGAUCAUCACUUCCCCUCUCUCUCUCUUCUCGCGCUGCACUUCCUGGUUUUACUCAAUAGCAUUUUAAAUACAACUGAAGGAAACUGCUGGCACAAAAUGUCCUGUGCACUUCUUCUGGGAACAAUCAGUAUUUUAUUUCUUUACUCGAGUAUGAAGUACCAUUUCAAAUGUAAUGGAAAGGAUAAUAUGUGUGUUUAUUAAGUGAAAUUUGAUGACUAAAAGCAGGUGAUUUGGGUUAUAAUUUUUUUUUUUUACAUUUAAAACUUUAUUAUGAAUGUACCCCAGCUCUUCAAGUUGCAAUUGAAUCACCCAAGGAUGAGUUUCUGUUGUGAUGAAGAAUAUGACUACCGCUAAUAUGACUAACGCUCAUAUGAUGAGAGCCAGACGUCAGAAUGGUGACGAAGUCAAACCUUCAGCAAGACGUGAUUCACACAAAGGACUUCUGCUCAUUUCACUUAGAUGAUGGUUUUGUAGUUAGACAUCCUGAAACGGUGUGAACCUUUUUGUUACUCUUCCCUCCACACCAGAAACGAGACAAACAAAACGUUAAUAAAGCGGUCUCUGAUCCAAUCGCUAAAUUUCAA